UGUGUGUCCGCUCCGAAAAUAUUCGAAUUUUUUUUUGCGGGGCGGAUUGGGGCCUCAUUGACUGCCUUAAUCUGGUCGGAGUAGAUCAUUCAGUCAAACGUCUCGCUAGCAGUAGGUACUGAGAAUUUUUCUUCUUCAUCAACGUUGCACCAAUAGUCGGUAAUAGUCGCCAAUAGUCUGCUCUUAUUAAACCAGAAACUUGACAAGCUUUAUAUUUUGAAGGCUGCAUCACACUUGACCAUUAAGAUGGCAAAUUUUGCUAGAGAAAAUAAUGCAUCGGAAGCAGAAAUCAACCUGGAUUAUGUUUUUGCAACAGGUGCAUUCAAAUAUGUAUACAAGGGAAGAUAUACUAAAGGAAGAAGAGCCGGUCAAGAAUGUGUUUGCAAAAUCUUUAAAUCUGGCAGUGUCUUUGAAGAAUCCUACUUCCGAGUAGAACUUGAUGUAGUUGCAAAGGCACUUGAAGUUGUCAACAGCUUCAACAAGGAUAAAGUCAUCAACAAGAGCAUUUGGCUCAAUAAACCAACCAUUUGGACCUUCAUGCCUGGUUCAGAAAGAGAAGGUGAAAAAAAUUUGAUGGAGCCAUUGAUUUUCAACUUUGAAAAAUUCAAUUCGAACACUGGAUGGACUCCUCGUAAAUCGUCUCCUUGGAUCGAUGUGAUGCAAGCUCUUAGUCACUAUUCGUAUCAUUCAAGCAAUCGUAGUUUGCUGUUCUGCGACCUCCAAGGUGGCGUGUACAAGGAUGGAUUUAUCAUCACUGAUCCCGUUAUCAUGUCAACUGCCCAGGAGUAUGGACCAACUGAUCUCGGUGCUGCAGGAAUUUCUUCUUUCUUUGCUCGCCACAAGUGCAACGAAUACUGCAAUUCCGGAUGGAUUAUCCCGCACGAUAGAAGACAGUAUUUCCAUGUUCAGAAAGGUACUACAAUGGUUCUCCCAACCCGCCAAAGUCGUACUCCAUUGACUUAUAAAAAACCAGGCUUGUAUAUCCAAGAAGAAUAAACUGAUUUCAGGAAUGUUCCUAUGUGAUUAA